CUGGACAGAGAAACAAUUACGCCCAACGGGACAAUCAUCUUAGUGCUAACUGCAGAGCCAGAAAUAAUCAUUACAAUACGAAUAAACGUACUCGAUAUCAACGACAAUAGUCCGACAUUCCCAUCCAAAUAUUUGGUCAGUUUGCUUUUGGCCGUUCAUAUUAAACAUAUUCACAGAUUCACAUUUCACAACAGAUUCACACUGGUCUCUCAUCUGCAACACACCAUGGUCUACAACGUCAGAUCUAAAUUCAAAAAUGUUUCGAUUGUGGAAUCAGCAGUUAUUGGCAGUCGGAGGCGUCUACAGUCGGCCAGCGAUCCGGAUUUUGCUGAAAAUGGCACCAUAGCAAGCUAUGUGAUUGAGGGUGACGAAAAUACGUUUGCUUUGAUUCGAUCAUCAAACAGCACCGGAGGUGACGUUCUGUUGCUGGAACUGCUCAACAAACUUGACCGUGAAACCAAGGACUUGUACAUUCUCAAUAUUUCAGCGUACGAUGGAGGUACUCCUCCACGUUAUGGCUACUGUACGGUAUACGUAAACGUACUGGACGCAAACGACAAUGCACCGAUUUUCACUCAUUCACGAUAUGACAUUCAACUGAAUGAAACGGUAACACCUGGUGCAAAACUGCUGCGUGUACGAGCCACGGAUGCCGAUAUCGGUGCAAAUGGUCACAUAACCUAUCGGCUGAGGACGAAUCCUUUCGAGCAGUUCCUAAUCGAUCAAGAUACUGGGAUCAUUACUGUU